GGUUGGCUACACUGACGAUAACAUCAGCUGCUAAAAUAACAUUGGAAUUUUGCAAUUCGUGAUAAUAUAUCGAAAUAAAAAAAUUUUGGCCUUUAUUAUCUCUGCAGUUGACAGGUUUAUCGUCGAAAUUUGCAAAUCUUUCACUGAAUGGUGUAGUUUUUUUGGAAAAUCUCGAGAAUCUCGCUUGAGACGAAACCACAUGUGCGAGGAAUAAAGCUGAGCGUUUGGGCUAAAAAGGCGUUCGUCCGCAGUCGCAAUGCUGGCAAGUCAGGUCGCAGGCCGUCUGGCCCGGAUGCAAUUGGCCAAGAACUCUGUCCACCGAGUCCUUGGCGCCAACACUUACACCACUCUUCAGAAGGUUUAUGUCCUCAGACGAGACAGCGAUGGACUGGCCGCCAAACGGUUCCAGUUCAGGCGGGAAAACAAGGACUUUGGGCACAGGCCGGAUAAGACCCCAACAUUUACCAAGAUUUACUUGGCCAUGAUGGGCUUGCUCAUGACUGGAAUUCUCAUCGAUUACCCACUUAUUGCAAAGACGAUUUACCACAAGUUCUUCCCCAAAGUGGACGCUGCCUCUCAAAUUGAAGUCAACAGGGCCGACGAGAAAGAGCAGAACGGAGAGGAACACGGAGAGCACGACGAGGGAAAGAAAAAGAAGAAGAGCAGGGAAAAGAUUGGGUUCAGGGAUAGAAAAAUAAUCGAGUAUGAGAACCGAAUGCGCCAAUACUCAACACCUGAUAAAGUGUUUCGCUACUUUGCGACGUUGCAAGUGUGUCACCCGAAUGGAGAUUACGAGGUUUUCAUGACUCCUGACGAUUUCCUCAGGUCCAUGACCCCAGGCUUGAAACAACCUGAUGGUCUUGGCUUGGACCAGUAUAAGAGAUACGACCCCAAGACGAUGACAAUUGCAACUGCAGCUGAAGCUAGUAGUAUGCACAAUAAACUGGAGCUGGAACUGGAAAAAGACAGCAUUUUCUACAAACUGGGCAGUUCUGGCCUCAUCACCUUCUCGGACUACAUCUUCCUGCUCACAGUCCUCUCCACCUCCAGACGUCACUUUGAAAUCGCUUUCCGCAUGUUUGAUUUGAAUGGAGACGGAGACGUGGACUCGGAGGAGUUUGAAAAAGUGGCCACCCUCAUCAGGCAGCAGACGAGCAUCGGAUCCCGACACCGAGAUCACGCCAACACAGGAAACACCUUCAAGGGCGUCAACUCUGCUCUAACCACAUAUUUCUUUGGGCCCAACUUGGAAAAGAAGUUGACAAUUGAGAAGUUUUUGGAUUUCCAGCACCAGCUGCAGAGAGAAAUUCUCAGCUUGGAGUUCCAGAGAAAGGGUCCUGGUGAAAAUGGCAAUAUAUCGGAGGCAGAUUUCACAGAGCUCUUGCUGGCGUAUGCUGGAUAUCCGCAAAAGAAGAAGACUCGAAUGAUCAAAAGAGUAAAGAAGAGAUUCAGGGACAGCAAUGUUGGCAUCAGCAAAGAGGAUUAUCUGAAGUUUUUCCAUUUCCUCAACAACAUCAAUGACGUGGAUACUGCGCUCACUUUCUAUCACAUUGCUGGAGCUUCGAUUGAUCAAAUAACUCUGAAGCAUGUUGCCAAAACAGUGGCCCACGUUGAGCUCACCGAUCACGUCAUUGAUGUCGUCUUCACAAUUUUUGACGAGGACUUGGAUGGAGAGCUGAGCAACCGAGAGUUUGUGGCUGUCAUGAAGAACCGUCUGCUGCGCGGUCUGGAGAAGCCCAAGGACACCGGCUUUGUCAAGCUGAUCCAUUCAGUUUUGAAGUGCGCCCGGGAGACCAAGCCGGCCCUUCUUGAUAUUUAAACUUGUGUGCCAAACCCAUUGCUAACUGUAAUCUCUGCUUCGGAGAGCAUUAAAUUUUGCACCUUGAUGAUUAUUAUAUAUUGAAACAAAGGCUUUAUCCCUUGGAUUACUUAUAAAUCAAGCAGUGAGCUUGUUAAAUAAUACAAAUAUAUCCCUGUUGUUGAGAAAUCCUCAAUUGUUGCAGUUUAUAAUCAAAACAGAAGAAGAAGUGAUGUUUUUGCAUUUUGUAGCAUCGAGCGAAAGAAGCUCUGGAAAAGAAUGAGAUUCAAAUGCUUAUCCGCUGCAAUUGUCUGUAAAUUUGGGUGCUAAUUCGAGAUAAGCCAUUGUACGCAGAAAAAUCAUUGUUACUAUUCACUCAAAAUAUGCACCAGUUAAAAUUUAAAAUUUUUAUACUGUCAGCACCUUUUGGAUUGUCUUUUUAAGGGGUAAUAGAGUUUCAUUAUAUUGAUUAAAAAUAUUGAUUAAUUUUAAUUUUAAGAGUGUAUGUAAUUUUCUGUUGAUUGCACAAUCUAACAAAUCUAGUUAACCAGCUGUACUUAUUUUUUUUUUUUACUUCAAAUAUAUGCAAUCACAAAUUUUUGUAAUAUUUAUUUGUGCAGAAAACUGUCCUUAAACUUCUUUCAUCUUUCGUACUUAUUUAUUAUUUUCCUCUUAACAAUGAACCACUGAGACUGUGAUUGCUGUAAUAAUUUAAUUCUGCAUGUCGAUUGAUUAAAUAAUUUUGAAAAUGAGUUUAAAUAAAGUUAUUUCAGAGAAACUGCAAAUUUACCAAUCUUUUUAUUUAAAUUUUUGGUGUCUGGCAAAAGAAAUAAAAAUUCUACUGGGAAUAAAACUGUCUUUUGCAAUGUGCGCAUUUUUUCAAGCCUGUUCUGCUCAAACAUGGAAAUUAAUUUCCCAGAGUCUAUAAAAAAACUGAAAAAGCAAUGAGAACGGCAUUUUUUAUAGCAAGAAUGUUUUCUGCUGUCUUUUGUCUCCCCUUCCUUUAUUUACGAUUUUUCAUGAAUAUUAAACAACUUCACCAAGUUCAAGAAGUUUUCCCUUUUUGCUUCUAAGGAAAAUUUAUGCAUU